AUGGCUGCCCAGGGCGCAGCGCUCCAAAACCACAACAAUGAGCUCGUGAGGUGCAUCGAGGACCUCCGGGAGAAGCGCGGGGAGAUUGACCGGCAGGUGCGCGAGGACGAGCAGGAGAAGGGCAAGAUUCAGAAUGACAUCCAGGUGCUUUCACGUCGCUUGGCGCAGCUGAACGAGGCGCUGGCGCGCAAGGUUGCGUCGCGCAACGAGUACGACAAGGUGAUUGCGGAGACGGAGGCGGCCUACAUGAAGAUUCUGGAGAGCUCGCAGACGCUGCUCACGGUGCUCAAGCGCGAGACGGUCAACAUGACGAAGAGCAAGCAGGCCAGCAGCUGA